UCUCUCGCUUGGCCACCUGAUCACCGCUCUCAUCAAGUCGACCUCCAUCUAAAACGCGCAAAGCGCUCGAUCAUUGCGCUAGAUGGCCUUCUUGUCCGCUCUUCACCAUUAGCACAGCCACCACCUCCGCCCAAGGCUUCGCGGCGAUUUUUCUUCUUCUUCUUCUUCAUUCUUCUCACCCUCUCCGCCUCUCUCACGACACUUCGAAAGCGCGCGUCCUUCGGGCCACACUCACGAGCGCGUCUAGACGCGUCUACGCACGGCAAGAUGGUUCUCAUCAAGCGCAAAGCGGUGGAGAUGAUCCCUGCUCCAGACCCGGGCCAGAUGGGAGAUGAUGUGGAGGCCUACUACCUUACCUUGAGCGGGGAGAUAUUCUUGGACUACGAGUCGUACGCUUCGAGACUGUCUUUCUUCAAUCAAAGACGUUUUCAGUGCGAACUCUCCGGUCGCCAGGGCUUGACCUACCUGGAAGCUCUUCAGAGUGAAGAGAAGGAGGCAAAGGAGCUCCAUCGCCGCUUUCCCCAAGCUUUGAAAGGCCCACUACUCCGAGCAGCACAAUUUGUGGUCGCUGGCCGAUUGGACAACCUGGUGGACAAGGCCUACGAUCGCUUCGCGAAUCGCUUCUUCGAACAAGAGACUGUGCAGGUAGAGAGGAGUGGAACACGCUACUGGGCGCGCAUCGUCAAAGUUUUCCCCCCGCGUCCCCUUCUACGACGAGCACAGGAAGAGGCGGAUGCCGCCAGGAGCAAGAAAAAGGGUAGCACCAAAUCCGCAGGCGGUCCCUCGCCCGUCAAGUCCGAGAACGGCGUCCUCAAAAGAGCACGCGUAAACUUGCUGGCGGGCCCCGAUGCCGAGUCCGACCUCAGCGAGCUCUCAGAAGACGAGCGACACGGCGAAGGAUCCUCGCAUGCGCAUCGCAUGAAGGACGUCACCCAUGUAUAUGGAACGGAUCUGAACAAAGAUGAAGCCGAGGCGAAUCAAAUUGACGAUCCGGCAGACUACUUGUAUCAUGUCCGCUUUCUAGACGAUGAGGACUCCUUCGUGGGCAGCCUGACGGAAGUAAGGGACCAGCACCUGACACGCGACCGCCGCCAUUUCUCCAAAGUCAUUUUGAAGAAGUACCUCAAAGAGUGUUUGGAGCGCGAUGCGGCGAUCGGCUCGCCUUGGACUGUGCGGGUGCCCAUCGCACAGCAGUUUGGGAUUCCGCUGCUUCCGUCAGAGGCUGUGCAGGACAUGCAUAGGCUCAUCCGAGAACAACAACUCAGCAAGCGUCGCAAGUUGGAAACCAAGGACGAGGAAACCGCACCUGCCCCAGCCAAGAAACGCAACCGAAAGGUGGGCGCAUCGGCAGCAGAGAACGCGGCAGCUGCUGCUGCAGCUGCGGAAGCCGCAGAAGCUGCACGACGCGAGGAGGAGGAAAAGCGUCUCGCAGCUGAGCGUCGUAGGAAUAUCAAGUACCCAAUUGAGGAUCUUCAGGUCGAUCCAAUCACCCAUCGCGAGCUGAUGAGCAAAGGACGCGACGAACAAGUGGCCCGUCGUCGCGAUCGGCCCGUACCCAGCCGUGAUCUCUCCGUGCCACACACUAUGAUCGAGCCGCUACUCAACACGUACUUCUUCUUGCAGGCGUGCGGCAAGCCACUGAUGCUGUCGCCUUUUUCGUUGGACGACUACGAGGCUGCUUUGCGCCACGCGACCAACGAGCCCCCUUGCGCUCUCAUUUCUGAGAUUCAUGCAGCGCUCAUCAAUGUCGUCGUUCGAGACGGACCCCAUUCAAAAGAUCUGGCCCCUGCGCAGCUUGCUGCGAAGCGGGCAUCAACUUCUGCUGCCAGAAAUAACAAGAAGAGCGCUGCAAAGAAUACAGCCCCCGCGAAUGAGGAAGAGGACGAGGAGGAAGAUGAGCUGGAUGACGAUGAUGAAGACGGCGGCACAGAAGAUGACGCUGAGGAGGAGAGCGACGAGGCAGCAAGCGACGGCGACGCUUCGGGAGAGAACGGCGCAAACGGGUCAAGGUUUAGCGAAAGCGAAACAACUCUGCUUGCUAGUGCUCGCUCUCUUGGUGCCGGGUGGGAGAAACGACUGCUUAAAGCAGAGGAGGAUCGUGACGGCUGGGAAAGAAGUCUUGUCGGAGCCCUCUACAAGCGGGCCACCUCUCAAAGUCUCCCCCGUCUCUUGGCGAUACUUUCGCAGCUGACAGGGGUGGAGCAUCCAGACGCCGUCGAUGUGGAUGGUGCUUUCGUUGCGGAGACUUUUGCGAAUGUGGAGCAGCGGUAUCCGCACUUGCCCAUGUCGGAUAAACUCGCAGCUAUAUCGUUCCUUUGCGAAUUGGCGGUCAUGACUCGACCGGUCCGAGGGUUUUACGACGAGUGCGAAGCCACCCUAACCGAGCUGCGAAAGGAGCGGAUCGAUGUCUCUAGAGCGCGCAAGAAGCUUGCAGAAGAUCGAGCUGCCUUUGAGGAGGCUCACAAGAAAGAAGAGAGCGCUGGUGAACAGACCGCAAAUGGCUCAGCAACAAAGGCAGACUCCAACGGAUUGGAAGGCGAUGCAGCGCAAAAAAGCGACAGUAGCUCGGAAAAAGAUGAAUUAGACUCUUCCAAUGGCGAUGUCGAAGAAGUGGCAGAAAGCGAAGCCUCGGAUGUAGACAUCAGCACGAAGUCGCAACGACUCCCAUCACGGCAAGAAGCUUUACGAGCUCGUGCGCUUGAGCGAGCUGCACAGGAGAGGAAGCGCGCCGCGGAUCAAGCUGCAGCACGGGAGGCACACCGCGCCAAAACGCAAGAGGCGAAACAGCUGGCAUCUGAGAGGAACAAGCUGAUCGAAGAGGAAAUCCGUCUUGACAAGCAGGAGGACUUCAUUGAUCGCGAGUUCAGGAGGUGGGCUCUUGCGCCGAGGCUGAUGCCGCUAGGAAGGGACCGCUUCUUUGACCGGUAUUGGUGGUUUGAUGGCAUCGGCAGCGCCUCCCUCGUCACCUCCCACGGAGCCGUGAACUACUCAACUGGGCGCCUGUUUGUUCAAGGUGCUUCCGACGAAGAAUGGUCACUCGCUUCGUUGGAGUACGAGAGGGGACCAGCUCUUUUGAUGAAGCGCAGAGAGGAGGAACAAGGCGCGGAAGGCGUUCUGGCUCCCAAUGAGUGGGCGGUGUACACGAGCGCAGAUGACGUCGAGGAGCUCAUCUCAUGGCUUAGAGCAAAGGGCCAUCGGGAAGGCGCCUUGCGCCAGCAAAUCACGAAGUUUCGCAGCUACAUCGGACCAGGGAUAGCCAAGCGCAAUCAUGAUCUUGCAGGCGGCUGGCGAGAAAAUUUUGUCGAGACUAGGCGAUCUGGACGGGCCAAAGUCGAACAGAGUCACAUGGCGCGUCAGCCCUACAUGCUGUACAAGAACACGCUUGCAAAGAAUUGAGCUUCAAGCUCAGACCAAGUCGUCACCUAGUAGCACCUCAACUCAUUCUGUAGCGGAGCAUUCUUUUUGUAGAAAUGGCAAUAACAUUCCCUUAUUGCAAUG